AUGUUCAAAACUGAGAAGGUCAACUUGGAGAAGAUUUGUGCAGGCUUGCAGCAAGACCAUCUAUCGUUUCAAACAUCCCUCACUUCGCAAAUUACAAAGCUUCAGGAUGAUUUGGCAAUGGAAAGUAAUGUCAUGGACGCCCUGGCCAAAAAUACAGAGCAGGUCAAAGUGUUAGAUCAAAAGCUUCAACAGUCUGAGAAAAAGGUCAAGGAUUUGCUAUCUGAGAUGCCAGCUAAUCGAAGUUGCAUUACGGAUGUCACUGGUUUGCUCUCUGAUAUCAUUGAGACCAGGGACUCAAUGAUUUCUAUUACUAUUCGCAAACACCUAGAUCAAAAGUUGAGCCAUGUCUUCGCAAUGUUGUAUCGUGUACAGGGUGUUUCUCCUCAAUCGUCUGAUACGAAACAAGGGGAGAAGGUGGAUCCAAUGCCAAACCUCCCAAAGUCCCUGGUUUCGCAAGCUCACGCCUUCGAGGUUUCGUCCACUAAGUCCAGAAAUCAAGCAGCUAUUGAUAUUGCUGAUAAACCAAAGAAAGGAGGAAAAGGAUCUAAGAAAGGUGAAAAGAAGAUUGAUGCGAUAGAAGGUCCAUCAGGUGCUACAAAACCUUCACCUAAAAAGCGAAAGGCACUAGCAGCAUCUUCUGCUUCAACUCCAAAAAGAAGAAGACAGCCCGCUCGCAAACGAAAAACACCUACACCAUCAUCAAGUGAAGGGUCAUAUUCUGAGACUAAGUUGGGUGUUCGAAUUGAAGAAAAUCAACCAGUUCGUAAUGAGGAGGAAGAGGCUGUUCGUAAUAAGGAUCCAACUACAAACCAACAGCCUCCAAUUCGCAAUGAAGAGGAAACUCCGAACCCAAAGGUAAACAAAACUGUUAAUGACUCUGUUCCGUGUCCUCCUCCUUUACCAAAAACAACCUCAACCCCUAUCACAACUGUUCCCUAUCCCCCUCCUGUUACCCCAUCUCAACCUACAACUAUUGAUUUCUCCACACCAAUCUUAACUGAUUCAACCACAACACCCAUCACUUCAAUGAACCCUGAAUUCACGGUCAAUAUAUCUGAUACGGGUGCUACAACUUCAUUCUUCUCUACCUAUGUUUCUUCAUCCAUCUCUCCCAUUCGCAAUGAUGAUCCAAAUAUGAUCUUUGGGGAUGAUGGUGAUGAUGAUGAUCUUGGCGGAUUCACUUAUAGUCCAUUUAUGAUCAGGACUGAAAGUGAAGAUGCAGACACAGUUUCUAAAGGGCAGCUUAAAGCAAUUCACGAGAAACUUGACCAACUGCUUCUUGCCUCCAAGGCUUACUCCUUUGACGCCUAUUCAAAAGUAAUAGUUGAGUCAUUGUUUGAGCACAUAACGAAAGAACAUGUUGCGAAUGCUGCAAAGAUGAACGCAACAGUUUUGGAGUCUGCUGAUGUUUGCAAGUCUGCGACCGAAAAUGUCAAUAAACUAAUUGCUGACACAACCACCAUCAUGGAGAAUUACAGAAAAACUUACAACAAUCACACUCCAUCCGCGAAUGAAUCCCUUCAGAACUUGGGUGCAAUGUUCAAAACUGAGAAGGUCAACUUGGAGAAGAUUUGUGCAGGCUUGCAGCAAGACCAUCUAUCGUUUCAAACAUCCCUCACUUCGCAAAUUACAAAGCUUCAGGAUGAUUUGGCAAUGGAAAGUAAUGUCAUGGACGCCCUGGCCAAAAAUACAGAGGGAGAAGGUGGAUCCAAUGCCAAACCUCCCAAAGUCCCUGUCAAGCUUAUUAUCAAGAAAGAUCCUAAGGGCAAGGAAAAGUUGAUCGAAGAAGAGCCCAUAAACGAUGAUGAUAAAGAGGAAGAGGCUGAUGAAGCUGAACUUAAAAGGCGGAAGGAUCGUGAUGCUGAAUUGAACGAAACUCAACAAAUCGUCAAGGAAGUUGAGGAAAAAGAAAGGGAAAAUAAGGAAGCUUGGGCCACUCUCAAAAGCAAAAUGCUAUUAUUUCCAAAGUGGACCUUGAAGAGAAUCCAGCAUGAUGCUAUAGAGCUGCCUAGUCAAUAUUGGUUGGAUCCUGUUGCUUCCUUUGAUCGUCAAAAUUCUCAAAAUUCACAACUCGAUCUUCCAAUUACUCCAAAAGAAUUCAGGUUUUGUGCUUUUUUAAAGGUUGUGCAUGCUCCUUUCUCAGAUAGUAGAGUUGAUCAACUGAUGUUCUCAUUCUACUUGAAACACAUGAAGCCCCAGUACAAAACUUAG